UUUGCCCUUCAGACAAUGCAUAAUUCAGCAGCCUUCAAGGCGGCCGGCGCCGCCGAAACGUGUCAAACUUGAGAGGCGAGCGGCAUCCCGGAAAGGCGGCGGCACCGGCACCGCCCGCGCUGUCCCCGGGCCGCGGCGAGGGACGAUGUGCCGAGGGCGCAGCAGCACCGGGCCGCGCUGCGCUCGCCGCCGGAGGCCUCCGCACCGCUCCCGGAGAUGUAUUACAUCAAACUUCCAGCUGAGAGGAUGAGACUAUGAGUGAAAAGCGUCCUGGAGAUUGUGUGCAGUUCUUUUCCCGGGUCAGAACUGGAUUGAUCUGAGAACAGUAAUUAUGAGGCUGACAUGUAUGUUCUCCUUCAUCUUGCUGUUUGGAGCAGCUGGACUUGUUGUCUUCAUUCACCUGCAGGAUCCAGAAGAAAUAGUUCAUCAGCAGACACCAGGGAUAAAACAUAACAUGGGAUUCCAACCACCAAGAAAAGACUGCAUUUCUAGCAACAACCAUGAUAGAAGUUUAAGAAAAAAUACUGUAGACAGUGUAGCAACAGCAAAGCAGAGCGAUUCAUUACACUCAUCUGAAAACAUGGCCGCUAAGCUUCAAAGCACAGACAGAAGGCAAAGCAGCAUAAUGUUUGCUAUGAAAGAUCAACAGAACAAUGAAGAAAAUAAUUCCAUCAGGCUCCAUAAACGAAGGAGGAGAUUUAUAAUUAAAAAGAGCCCAAUUUUUAUUUCCAUAAACAGCUCCGUUCUCAACCUGCCCACGCUUAAAUCUGAGGAUAGAAACAAUGACAAAUGGAAAAAUCUCUAUCAGAUCCAAAGAGAAAGAAAGCAAAUUAUGAGAGAAACUUGUUCCAAGUACAAGAGUAAUAACAGAAGAAUAAUCACUCCUUAUCAUGUUUCUAGAAUAUUUGUAGAAGAUAAAUACAGAGUUCUAUACUGUGAAGUUCCAAAAGCAGGCUGCUCUAACUGGAAACGGGUGCUCAUGGUUCUCAACGGGCUGGCUUCUUCCACAAAAGAUAUACAGCACAACACAGUGCACUAUGGAAACUAUUUAAAAAGACUGGAUGGGUUUGAUCACAAAGGAAUUUAUCAUCGGCUCAACACUUACACGAAGAUGCUUUUCAUUCGUGAGCCUUUUGAAAAGUUGGUAUCUGCAUUUCGGGACAAGUUUGAACACCCAAACAACUACUACCAUCCAGUUUUUGGAAAAGCUAUCAUUUCCAGAUAUCGUGUCAAUGCCACCAAAGAAGCAUUAAGGACAGGCGCUGGAGUCACAUUUAAAGAGUUCAUUCAGUAUCUCCUGGAUGUACAUAGGCCAGUGGGUAUGGAUAUUCACUGGGACCAUGUCAACAGGCUUUGCAGCCCAUGUUUAAUAGACUAUGACUUUGUUGGGAAGUUUGAAAGUAUGGAAGAUGAUGCAAACUUCUUCUUGCACUUAAUUGGUGCUCCACAAAAUUUAACUUUCCCCAAGUUUAAAGAUAGGCACUCCAAUGAAGAAAGAACUACCAGUAAAAUUACAAAACAGUAUUUUGCACAGCUUUCCCCUUCUCAACGACAACAAAGCUAUGACUUUUACUAUAUGGAUUACUUGAUGUUUAACUACUCAAAACCUUUUGAAGAUUUAUACUGAUUUGAGAGCUGUGACAUUUUCACAGUCAUAUCAAUUGAAUUGCAUAACAAAUCCAGGUGGCUUUUGUUUCUAUAUACUUGUCUGUUAGUAAACAAUUGGUUGAAGAGCAAGAAAAACCCAAUGGCUAGUGAUGUUUACACCUUCACCUUAAUUGCCUCCUUUUUCAAAUCAUAUUUUUUCUAUGAUUUCUCCACAUGAAAUGUAUGUACAUAUACGUAUAAUGUGUCAGGGUUCCCAAAUAAAGCACAUAAUUUUC